UAAGGCACGAGGCACUGAGCUGGGCUGUACACCUGCGCUAGGUACCUUUCUGCUCACCUGCUUCCAAAGCAGACCUCGUUGUCACCUUGAGCUUUCCCUUUCUAAAGCAGUCAUGUCUGUGACAGAGUGUGCUGGGGGUCCACAGGGAACCGUGGCCCUCAAACUGGACAGUAUGCCAUCUCCUGAAAGUGCCAGGAAGCUGCAGAACAAGGACUCCGGGUUUUUGGAUGGAAGUCCUUCAGAGUCGCAAGGCUUGGAGAAGACCAAGGGCAUAACAUUGUUCCAGACCUUGAUUCACCUGUUGAAAGGCAACAUGGGCACAGGGGUCCUGGGACUACCUCUGGCUGUGAAGAAUGCGGGCAUCCUGGUGGGCCCACUCAGUCUGCUAGUGAUGGGCUUCGUCGCCUGCCACUGCAUGCACAUCCUGGUCAGGUGUGCCCAGCGCUUCUGCCAGAGGUUUAACAAGCCCUUUAUGGACUACGGGGAUACGGUGAUGCACGGACUGGAAGCCACCCCCAACGCCUGGCUGCAGAACCAUGCACACUGGGGGAGGCACAUUGUGAGCUUCUUCCUUAUCAUCACCCAGCUGGGCUUCUGCUGUGUGUAUGUUGUGUUUCUGGCUGAUAAUUUAAAACAGGUAGUGGAAGUCAUCAAUACCACAACCUACAACUGCUACAACAACGAGACAGUGACUCGAGCCCCCACCAUGGACUCGCGCCUCUACAUGCUCUCCUUCCUGCCCUUCCUGGUGCUGCUGGUCUUCAUCCGUAACCUCAGGGUCAUGACCAUUUUCUCCAUGCUGGCCAACAUCAGCAUGCUCGUCAGCCUGGUCAUCAUCGCCCAGUACAUCGCCCAGGAUAUUCCAGACCCUAGCCAGUUGCCCUUGGCAGCAAGCUGGAAGACCUACCCUCUCUUCUUUGGAACAGCCAUUUUUUCAUUUGAAAGCAUUGGUGUGGUUCUACCCCUAGAAAACAAGAUGGAGGAUUCCCGCCACUUCCCAGCCAUCCUGUCUUUGGGAAUGUCCAUCAUCACUAUCCUGUACACUGGCAUUGGGACUCUGGGCUACCUGCGGUUUGAAGAGGACAUCAAGGCCAGCAUAACCCUUAACCUGCCCAACUGCUGGCUGUACCAGUCCGUCAAGCUCCUCUACAUCAUCGGCAUCCUGUGCACCUACGCCCUGCAGUUUUAUGUCCCUGCAGAGAUCAUCAUCCCCUUUGCUGUCUCCCAGGUGCCAAAGCGCUGGGCACUACCUCUGGACCUGUUCAUCCGCUUUGGUCUGGUCUGCCUGACGUGCAUCUUGGCCAUCCUCAUCCCCCGCCUGGACCUGGUCCUCUCCCUGGUGGGCUCCGUGAGUAGCAGUGCCCUGGCCCUCAUCAUCCCACCCCUCCUGGAGAUCACCACCUACUACUCAGAAGGCAUGAGCCCCUUCACCAUCACCAAGGAUGCCCUGAUCAGCAUCAUGGGCUUUGUGGGAUUCGUGGCAGGGACCUACCAGGCUCUCCACGAACUGCUGGAGCCAGGAGACUCUCUCCCCUUUUCCAACUCCACCACUUUUAUUCAGUGAGCACGGCACUGCUUCUUGCCCACCAACACCUGACUUUUAACAAUACGGAUCUCUUUCACUUGCAUUAUCUUUAUAAUGCAUCUUUACUUUGCCUUUUCUCCGGGCCAGCUCAUGGUGAAACAAAGAAGGACUUACCAGCUGCAAAGUCUAAUUGGUAAUCUUAAAAAAAUAUAUAUUUUUUGUUUUAUUCCUCUUCCUUUCCAUCUCUAGAUUUCCGCUUAAUUGAGAACUCUCCCGUGGGAAGCGAGGGAGUCUCUCUCCAACCUUCUGGUAAUUUACAUGGCAAAGUUCACGUCUGGAGUGGAGCUAUGCAAGAAGCUGCCACCAGGGGGCCCUAGGUGGCAGCACCCGGCAGGUCAGGCGCCGCCGCUAAAGCAAACUGGGCUUUGGCGGACAAACUGUUUCUCCUUUUCUGGAUCUGUUCAAAAAGCAAACACUAGGAGUUUUGCUAACCCUCAAGCCAGCAAGGUGUGUAUGGUUCCAGUGUCCAGAUGGAUAAGGCCAACGUGACCAAUGUGAGUUGCAACUCUCAAACAGAAAAGAGACAUCCAUAUUUAAGUCAAGGGCAAGAAACUCUCCAAACCACUGCAUAAAAUGUUGGCCCAGCCCAAAGAUCCCAACAAUGAAUAGGAGAUAUGGAAGUAGAUGUGGUAGUUGGGGGUAGAGGGAGGACUGGACAUUAAAGUUAUUUGAAUAGACUUUACCUCUUAAUUCUUAAAAGAAAGGAAUUCUUGAUUACCUAAUGGAUAGCAAAUAUAGUGCAAGGUUCUUAUAGAAGAUGGCAAAAAAAGCCAUAAAUUCCUCUUGAUAAUUGUAGCUCCUCCUAUCCAGAGAUGAAGUCUAUAAAUGUAUCUCUACCCCUUAAAUCUGGUCUUUACCUUGUAAUGUGCUUUGACCAAUGGGACAUUAGUAGAUGUGAUGCGUGUGGAGUUUAGUGAUUAUUUGUACAUCAGAACUUGCAUCUCUUUCUGCUCUGUGGAGCUGAGACUACCAAGUGAAGCCGACUGGGCUAGCCUAUUGAAGGACGAGUAACCAUGUGAAGAUAAAUGAAUCAUCUCAGUUGAGCCCAGUCUUUCGGAUCAACCAGCUUACCAACUCUCAGAUACACGAGUGAAGCCGUCCUAGACUAAAACCAACCCCAGUCAUACAAGCUGAUCCAGACCAUGGAAUUGUACGGACGAUCCACAGAACUGUGAGAAAUAAU